AUGGUCUUCACGCAGUUGCUCUCGCUGGCUCUCGCUGCUACUGCAGCUGCAGCUCCUCUGGUCCCAAGACAGAUCACAUGUGCUGAGGGUCUCUACAUCAUCGUCGCGAGAGGAUCGAACCAGCCUGUGGGAGAGGGCUCUGUGGGACCUGUUGGGGACAUGAUCGAAGCUCGGAUACCUGGAUCGUACUCUGUCGCCGUGGACUAUCCUGCUGUUAUCAUCGGAGACGGGGAUACCUACUUCAGCUCGGUCAUCGACGGCAUUAACGAUGCAAGGGAGAAGGUCGAAGCAUAUGUUGCAGCCUGCGGGUCUGGCAGCAGAAUUGCUUUGGUUGGCUACAGCCAGGGAGGUCAGGUUAUGACAGAUCUCCUUGCCGGUGGUACUGGGAAACCGGCUCCUUUGGCAGAGCAGUAUCGACAGAACAUCGUUGGUGCAGCAGUCUUCGGCGACCCACGAUUCAAUGCAGGACAGGCGAUCAGCGCAGGCCAGUCGACGUCUAACGGAAUCUUCGCCCGAAUCUCAAGCCGAGCGCGACUGAACACCUACUCGAAUGUGCUGCGCAGCUACUGCGAUGAGGGCGACCCAUUCUGCUCUUCAGACUUCAACUUGGCCGUGCACUUCGCAGUCGUGGAGAAGUAUGCCCAAGCUGCCACUGACUUUAUUGUUGGCGUAGCAUCAUAG